GACAGUACAUAGGAAGUGUCUCUUCCUAGCCACUGGCUGAAGAGACAUAAGAGAAAAUAGGCGCUAGAAGCCGCACCUGUCUUGAGAGCUGCCCUAUGGCAGAGCUGAGAACCAUAUAAUCUGGAACGGUUAUUUCAGUGGACAAUGGGCCUGGUCAGGAAAAGGAGAAGAAAUGACAAGGAGGAAGACACCCACCUUCCCCGUCAUUCGAAGAGGAAUAAGAAGGACCAGGCCCAGGACCCGAGUGCUAUAGAGUCGUCAAGCAGUGAUAAUGAAAAGAUCCACAGCAACAUCAAUAACACUAAGAGAGAAAGUGUACCAGAGAGCAGCUUAAACCCGGACCAUGCUGAACUUAACCCCGAUGUCCCUGAGUUCUCCGAUGUGGACUAUGCAUUGGGCCAAGACCAAGGUCCUUACUCCCACAUUAACCAGAUCUUGAAGGAAGCUCAUUUCUUCAAACUACAGCAGAGAGGACAAUCUCUGACAUGAUCACCUAGGCAUCCUCCUCCCUUGUUUAUAAAAAGCAAUGGCAUUCACAUAAAGCAGUCUUGGCUUUUUCUGUAUUUUCAGUAAGAGGUCAAUGGGCAUUUUUAAUCUUUUGCUGUUUUGCUCCACCACUGUGAUUUCAAAAGGUCCUUCAUGACAGUUUGAUAUGUUUUCUGUCAAGUCUGGUGUGUAGUUCAUGUUAAAAUAGCAACAUGAGGACUUCUCCUGAUACUGAAUGACUUAUAUGUCUAAUUCAGGUUGGGUUCCAAGUCACUCAUCUAGGGUCUGUGUUAAAUGUCGUUUUAAAAUGUGACUCCUUCUGAAAAGCUAAGUGGCCCGAAAAUGAAUGGCUGGUUUUCAUUAAAACUUGAAAGAAGAAACAGCAACAAGAGACAAGCCAACACCAACCGGUGAUGAGCAUUGUGUAGGAGGGAGAAUGUGACUGGUUCUCAUUCUGAAAUGAAUGACAGGGCCGCUCCUCAGAAGGGAGAUGUUCUACAGAAAUCAAUCUCUACUUACAAUGGUGCCAAUGUCAGCCCAUGCAGUUGUAAAUGUGAAGCCUGUGUCUAGUAACUGCACUCUUUGUAUUCCAAGGGAGAAGCCUUCUUCCUUUAAUGCUCCUGUGUGUGCCCUUCAUACCUUGUGCAAAGGACUUGUAAUUCUGUCCAAAAAGUGCAUAGCAAUGCCGUGGCUUAAGUGCAAAAUCUACUUGUGAACCGAUUAUGUAUUGUUCCUUACAGUUCCAUCUAUUAUGUCUAAUGUUGAUAAAGUCUAAGCUACUGGACAUGA